AAAGUGAAAUCAACGAAAAGUAGGGACCUCAAUCUUCGUCUUCCUUUCACCCAUAGUCACAGAACUCUCUCUGACUUCUCUAAAAUGGCAAAACCAGAGAAAUUAUUGCCCGCCAUGUGCAUUUCCUCUGUCCCAGCUCGUCUCACUCUUCUCGCCCUCCUCUCCGCCACCACUUUCUACUGCUUCUACAAAUUCCAUCGCCUCAGAAGCCUCAGAAUUUCCCUAAACCCUAACCCUAACUCUAAAUCUUCCUCUUGCUUUCGCAGAGGCAAGCUCCUCUUCAUCUCCGAAACAGGGACUUCCAAAACCCUAGCCCGUCGUCUUCUCGAUCUUCUGAACUCCAACGACCUUGCGUUUGACCUUGUCGACGCCAAGGCUUACGAGCCCGAGGACCUCCCCAAGGAAACCCAAGUUCUGAUCGUCGCUUCGACGUGGGAGGACGGAAAAGCGCCUCCGAGCGGGAGGUUCUUCGCCAAUUGGCUCGCCGAGAGCGUCGAAGACUUCAGGGUCGGAUCGCUGUUGUUAUCGCAAUGCAAGUUCGCAGUUUUCGGCGUCGGGAGCCGAGCUUACGGCGCGACGUACAAUGUGGUGGCGAGGGACUUGUCGAAGCGGAUGAGGGGGCUGGGCGCGGCGGAGAUGUUGCCGGUUUGGGAAGGGGAUGUCGACGGCGGCGAUCUGGAGGAGGCGUUCGACGCUUGGAGCGCGAAAAUGGUGAAGGUUUUGAAUGACGAUGUGGUGGAAAAUGGUGGAGCUUUGAGUAAUGGAGUUGGUGCUGAGAGUGAUGCAGAGAGUGAUUAUGAGACGGAUGAGGAGUACAGCGUAGAGUCGGAAAUUGUUGAUCUUGAGGAUAUUGCUGGCAAAGGACCUUCGAGGAGAUCACCGGUAGUGGUUCAAACUAAUGGGACUUCGAAUGGGAAAAAAGAUAUGGUUACUCCAGUAAUUAGGGCGAGUCUAGAGAAACAGGGAUAUAAGAUCAUCGGUUCACAUAGUGGUGUCAAAGUCUGUAGAUGGACAAAGUCACAACUUAGAGGCAGAGGGGGUUGCUACAAACAUUCAUUUUAUGGUAUAGAGAGUCAUAGGUGCAUGGAGGCGACUCCUAGUUUAGCGUGUGCGAAUAAAUGUGUCUUCUGUUGGAGACAUCACACGAAUCCUGUUGGAAAGAGUUGGCAGUGGAAGAUGGAUGAUCCGUUAGAGAUUGUGAAUUCUGCUAUUGACCAGCACACAAAGAUGAUUAAGCAGAUGAAAGGAGUUCCGGGUGUUACACUGGAACGAUUAACAGAAGGUCUCUCUCCCAGGCAUUGUGCCUUAUCACUUGUGGGUGAACCCAUUAUGUAUCCCGAGAUUAAUACACUUGUUGAUGAGCUGCACCGGAGGCGGAUUUCAACUUUUCUAGUAACAAAUGCUCAGUUUCCUGAAAAGAUUAAGAUGCUGAAGCCUAUAACCCAGUUAUAUGUAAGUGUUGAUGCUGCAACAAAGGAUAGUUUGAAGGCAAUUGAUAGACCACUUUUUGGGGACUUCUGGGAGAGAUUCCUUGAUUCUCUGAAAGCUCUUCGAGAUAAACAGCAGCGUACUGUUUACCGCUUGACUUUAGUGAAAGGGUGGAAUACAGAGGAUGUGGAUGCGUAUUUUAACCUCUUUAGCAUCGGCAAACCUGAUUUCAUUGAAAUCAAAGGCGUUACAUAUUGCGGAUCAUCUGCUACAUCAAAGUUGACAAUGGAGAAUGUGCCUUGGCAUUCCGAGGUUAAAGCUUUCUCGGAGGCCUUGGCCUUAAAAAGCCAAGGGGAGUAUGAGGUUGCAUGUGAACACGUACACUCAUGUUGCGUCCUCUUAGCAAAAACUGAGAAGUUUAAGAUUAAUGGUCAAUGGUUCACGUGGAUAGAAUAUGAAAAGUUCCAUGACCUGGUCGCAUCUGGAAAAGCUUUCGAUAGUAAGGAUUACAUGGCUGCCACACCAUCUUGGGCUGUCUAUGGAGCAGAGGAAGGUGGGUUUGAUCCAGACCAAUCAAGGUAUAAGAAAGAGCGACAUCAUAACAGACCAAACCGAGCCACCGCCAGGCCAGGUUAGAAACCUUACUGGCAUUGGACGAGAAUUUUUCUUUUUUUGUCAUUUAUAGAUUCGUCUUUCACUUCUGUACGACAGAUUUUUUAUUAACGUCAUUCUGAAUAUAUACAAUGCUCUUGAUCCGGAUCCA